AUGGGUUUUUUCAGUAUCAUCAAGGAAGCUUGUAAAGUGUCGUUCACAUGGAAGAAACUAUUUUCACAUAUUGCCAUAGGUAUACUCUUGCCACUUGCAGCCCUUAACUUGAACGAAAUCCAAAUUAGUCAUUUCAUCGAAACCAACGAAAAUGCCAGGCGCCUUGCUUUGAGUAUAACGGAACUUGUCUACGCACUGGUAAUAGUGUUCUUCACUCUGUACUCGACUUCUAUUGUGGUUACUGCUGUUGCUUGUUUCUAUACCUCCAAAGAUGUUACCUUCAAGAAUGUCAGCGGAGCGUUUAGUAAAGUAUGGGGGAGGCUCAUUGUGACUUUCUUGUGGUAUUUACUCUUCAUGGUUAUAUACUUGGGUGUGGCUAUUGGUUUGCUAAUUUGGUUUGGGACCACGACUGGUAAAGGGAGAAACAAAAUAGCUAUUCUUCUUCUUUUUCUAUCAGUGUUUUACUUUAUUGGACUGGUUUACGUAACCCUCAUUUACAACGUCGCGACAGUGGUUUGCGUUUUGGAGAAGGAUUAUGGUAGAAAAGCCUUUGGAAGGAGUAGGAAAUUGAUCAAGGGUAAGCGGUGGGUUUCUUUCUUUGUCUAUCUGAUUCUUGAUAUCGUAUUUGUCGGUAUACUGGUCGCGUAUUCCUUGUUGGUGGUGAACGGAAACAGGUUGAGUUUGGUGGGGAAAGUAUUUGUGGCAAUAGGCUGUUAUUUGUUGAUGACAGUUCUACUCCAUUUCUAUUUUGUUAUUCAAACGGUGAUCUACUUCAAGUGCAAGUCUCACCACAACGAAAGCAUAUCAGAUGUUGCACGUCACUUGGAGGAUUCUUAUGUGCAGCUUGUUAGGGAAAAUGGCGCACAACGAGUAUCCGUUUGA